UAUUUAUUAUUUAUUCAUUGCAAUCUAUAUUCAAUGUACUCUAUGAUUGCAAUUUUCUUCUCCAAUGAUCUCUAUUCUAUUUAUACGAUUUAUGAGUUAAUUCUAUUUCUUGAAAAUUUUCAAUUUUGUAUUGCUAUUACCCUUUCGUGAGUUGCACCGGUGAAAACAGAAAAACGAGCUUAGGUGAAUGAUAAUUUAACCUGUACAAAAUUGAACUCAAUGGAUCUAGAUAGCAUCUUGUGUGAUUGGGAUGAGCAAGUGAUUCAAGAGAAAAGCCAUGGUAAAAGUUAUUUGAAAAAGUCGCAUCUCGAAAAUGAUGAGUUAAAAUCAUCAAGAGAUAAAAAGCUUAGUCGUAUUGAAAGACAUAAAUCAGAAUUAGCAAAUUUUGAAUGUGAUUGGGAAAAGUUCCCAGAAGUGAAGAGAGGCUGGGGUCGUAGAAAAAAAUUUAAAGAUCAAUGUCCUAAUGAUUUUCAGUUGUUUGCAGUCAAAAUGGCUAUUGUAGACCAUAAAUACCCAGAAGUUUUAAUAGAACAAGAAGUUGUAUGGCCUCUUCAUGAUUUCAUAUUUAGUACACUUAUUGCAGCUUCUAAACCAUAUGCUAAAAUUGGUGUCAGCAAUGUUAUAGACGGUGCUCUCCGUGUCAACUGUUUUGGAACCAAAGCUGUUGAUUGGCUUAAAGGAUUGGAGGGAAUUGCUGUUGAGGGAAUUACAUUAAAGAUUUUAGAAGCAAAUGAACUUUCAAAAUUUUCCACCAAAAUUGGUUUGGGAUGUUCUUCUGAUGUUAGUUAUAAUGAACCAAAAGCAACACAGGGACAACAAUCCGAAAGUAAAAAUAUUCACAAUUCACUGCUUACGAAAAAUACGCAUUAUUUUAAAAAGCGGUUAUACAAAAUGGCUAUAGUUAGUGACAGACAUGCAGAUGUUCCAAUACUCGAGAGUGUUGUACCAUCUAUUCAAGCUACUAUUAACAGACUGUUGAAUACUAGCAAUGUCGAUAAGCCUUUAAUUAGAAUAACUCAAGUAUUGAAUGGUGCCAUACAUGUGGAUUGUGAGGGCAAAUCUUCUUUAGAUUGCCUUACUAAAUUAGAAGGAAUGUCUGUGGAAGAUAUUAAAUUAAAAGUGCUUAAAGCAGAGAACCUUGUGGAACCCAUCAAAAUGAUUUGGACUACAAAAAAGCAUUUGACUGAUACUGCCAAGAUGUUGGGGUAUCUGCAAAGAUGGAAUAAAGAAUUAAAGACAGGCAAUUGGAGAAUAGUGUACACUUAUAUCUCAGGAUUUUAUUUACGAAGGUUAGUUCUAAUGGAUUUAGUGUCGGCAAACAUUAUUAAAAAGGCUAAUUACAAAUUAUUUGCUGGUGUUGAGUUUACUCAAUUUAUACUCUGUGAAAAUAAAGGUUCAAUGAGUGAAUUUGAAGUGGACAAGCAUGAUUGUACAUCAAGAUUGUCUUUUGAGACACCUGGUGCUGGCAGAGUAGGAAUCUGCAAUGUAGAAUCUAUGACAGAGACCCAGAUGAAUUUGGUGUAUGCUACAUUAAUAAAAACCAUGCAACACCAGGCAGCAACUGCUGCCAGAGGCAGUGGCCCUCAGUUUGGAGAUCUUUCCUUUAAACAUGGCUGGAUACUUGUGACCUUUGCAAAUCAGCGCAGCAAAGAAUGGCUUGCCAAAGAAGUCUUGAGUUGCAGGCCGUGGCCUGAGGCACAGCUCUCGCUAGUACAGGAGAGUGAACUUCCAGAGCUAAAACAUGCCACAACUCGUGAUCCAAAAUUAGAAAUAAGCUCAACCUCUGUAGCAAUUGGUAGUAUAAAGAUUGAAUAAAAAUCACUUUGAACACCUUUAGAUUUCUUCAAAAACCUAAUAAGAAGGAAACUUUUGUUGGAAGAUCCUGCAAUUAAUAUCCUCAAUUCAAGCUUUCAAGGCUUGUAGGGAAGUUUUAAGAAUUAGAAACAUGCUUGUAAAAACAGCUCAUGAAAACAAAACAAAAGGAGCAAGAUAUUAAGAAGAUGGUAGAAAAAUCCAUCAGGUCAGUGAUAAAACCUUGGGGACAUCAUAACAGCCAGCUUAUAUGAUUUGCAGUUUGUUAUGGGUUUAAAAAGAAGAGUGAGUUGGUUGAGUUUAUUACGAAACCAGCUUGUCUCGGUUUCGAUUAGAAAUCAUAUGUAGGAAUGUUUGUGCAAAGUCCAAAAAAGUGAAAACUGUUUUGGGUCUGUCUAGAUCCAGCUUAUAUGAUUUGCAGUUUGUUAUGGGUUUAAAUAGAAGAGUGAGUUGGUUGAGUUUAUUACGAAACCAGCUUGUCUCAGUUUCGAUUAGAAAUCAAAUGUAGGAAUGUUUGUGCAAAGUCCAAAAAAGUGAAAACUAUUUUGGGUCUCUCUAGAUCCAGCUUAUAUGAUUUGCAGUUUGAUAAGGGCUUUAAUAGAAGAGUGACUUGGUUGAGUUCAUUAUGAAACCAGCUUGUCUCAGUUUCGAUCAGAAAUCAAAUGUAGGAAUGUUUGUGCAAAGUCCAAAAAAGUGAAAACUAUUUUGGGUCUGUCUAGAUCCAGCUUAUAUGAUUUGCAGUUUGUUAUGGGUUUAAAAAGAAGAGUGAGUUGGUUGAGUUUAUUACGAAACCAGCUUGUCUCGGUUUCGAUUAGAAAUCAUAUGUAGGAAUGUUUGUGCAAAGUCCAAAAAAGUGAAAACUGUUUUGGGUCUGUCUAGAUCCAGCUUAUAUGAUUUGCAGUUUGUUAUGGGUUUAAAUAGAAGAGUGAGUUGGUUGAGUUUAUUACGAAACCAGCUUGUCUCAGUUUCGAUUAGAAAUCAAAUGUAGGAAUGUUUGUGCAAAGUCCAAAAAAGUGAAAACUGUUUUGGGUCUGUCUAGAUCCAGCUUAUAUGGUUUGCAAUUUGUUAUGGGUCAUUGUCGCUUUUGUGCAACUUCACGAUAAGCACUGUUUUUCAGUUUAAGUACAUAAUAACUUCCUUCACGAUGGUAUGGAUACAUAAUGAAUUGUCUUUGUGGAGUAAACAUUGCCCAUUUGAGACAGAUACAUCAUAACCUCGCACCAGGAACACAUUUGCGCUUUUCAUUGUAACUGCCACCUGGAACUUCCACACAUUCCAGUUUUUCUGGCCCUCCAGUCUGAUGACAUUUGAAGUCAACGCGCGUUAAGGUUUAUCCCCACGAUGCUUAAUGUCGUACUAUAAACCUUCACACGCCGCUUGGCAAAACGUAUUAUUGUCCCGCUGACUACGGCACGUUAUUCCUUGCCGUGCCGUACACACUAUGUUGACACUGGGACGUUUGCAUGUAUAAAUUAAAAGACUAUAAAAUGGAAUAUAUAAUUUAAACUGAGUACAUCGAAUAAUUAAGAAUGUGCAUCGGUAAGUGGUAUGCAUUCGAGUUCCGAGUGUAUGGGCCACGCGCAAAAUUCCAUUCCAUUAAAUAGAAUUAUAAGCUGGGACUAUAACCUGUUAGGACUUGCAUUUAAUUAAUACUAGGUAUGAGGAAUUGUGGAACUGUAUAUAAUUCUUUGUAUUGUAUUUUAUAUUGUUUCUGUGGCGACAUAUAUAUAUGUAUACAUACUAUAGUAUGUAUAGUAUAUAUAAAUACAUUUGCAAGUCUCAAUUCUUCAGCCUGAGACUGAAGAAUUGAGACUUGCAAAUUUAUUUAUGAUAGCUCGUACUACAUGUCGGAGGUUGAUUGAAUAAAUGCUGAUUUAGGCUAGGAAAUAGCUUUUUGUCGAAUAAAUAGCUCUUUAUCGAAAAACAUUUUUAAAGCAUUGAUUUGAAACUUGAUAGCAUUGGAUCGAAUCUCAAAUUAUUUAGAAGAAACAUAAAUCUAUUUCUUGACAUCGUCAUACGGAAGAUUUCUACACCUGUCCCAUCCCAUAAAUCGUUUGUGUUUUGUCGCCCUGAACGAAAUAAUCCACUUUCGCUUUCGAUAUAACGCUUUCAAUUCGGUCAUUGUAGUUUCGCCGGUUGUAGAGUCCUGUAUCUUCCUAUUUGCGGGUAAAUAAAGUAUGCAAAUAAAGCGUUUUCUUAUUACGCGUAACUUCUUUAAUUCUUAGCAUUCUAAAGGAGUUUUCUUAUUUUUGAAAGGUCUUUUUACACCCAUUGGUUCAGUUACUAUAUUUUCACAAGUUGUCAUUGUAGCCUGUCGUAUAGAUUCUUUAGCCCAGCGUGUACCAUCUUUACCUAUGUAAUAUGCAGUAUUUGGACGACAAAGUUGGUUGAGGGUAGGUUAUGUGUCUGAUAAAAGGGCAGGUGAAUGAUUUUCUUCUUCUAAAGUAGGUGAUAAUAUAUAGAAGUUCCUAUUUUCUGAUGUAGAGGCUCUAGUGAGGAUGCAUGCAGAUUUCUUGUGCUAAUUCUUCGUCGUUUUUCUGGUACUCUACUCUACAACAUUAUCUUUGAAAAUUUGUCGCAAAGCGACGUUCAUGUCAUGUUCCACAUCGACCUCACCUCUAAUUUUAUGACGCCUUUCACGAUACUCCUCCGCCAUACAUGAAGUAAAUAAAUAUUGCGUCCAUUCUGAUCUUUUCAACGGCCCUAGUAGCAGCAUCUCGUUUAGGUCUAUUACAUUCGGACUGACUAGUAGGUAUGCUUUCUAUAAUAGACUAUUCUAGUAGCUGAGUAGACUGUUGAGAAUAUCCCUCAUUUUUUUAGAAUGAUUUUAUCUGUACCUUCAGAGAAGUUACACUCUACUUCUUGGACUUAGAUGGUUCCCGCUAUAUCCUCAAUGGGCUUCCAUUUAUAUACCAUUACUUAAUGUUAGAGAAUCUGACGGUUUCAAUAUGUGUUCAAUUUCACUAUCUACGCAGGUGAGGGCAGAGGAAGACAGCUUCAAUUUCCUUUACUAUUGUGUCAAAUUCGUUAUCUUUUAGAAAGUGUUUCUGUAAUGAACGCUUCAAUGUUUCACAAUUUCCACCAAACUUUCAUAGAAUCCACCGAACCAUGGUGUGAGAGCUGAUAUAAAUCUCCAUUGUAUUUUGUACUCUAAACAAUAGGAUUGUGUUAAAAUUUCUGGGAUUAAUUUAAAUUGUACAGCAUUGUCAGAUGUAAAUAAAUGUUGGUAUACCUCUGAAAGCUAUCAUUUAUCUUAAAGCUCUAAGGCCUUCUUCUGCUGUAAGAUGUUGCACUACUUUCAAAUGGAUAGCUCGUAUUGCUAGACACGUGAAAAGAGAAAUCCAUAUUCCAUAUAACUCUUACUGCUAUUAACUACAACUGGUCCAAGAUAAUCUAAACCAGUGAAAGUGAAUGGUGAACUGUAAUUAACCCUUUCAGAUGGCAAAGCUGGUGUCGGUGGUAACUUAUAAGGUCCUCCCGCCUUAUUUAAAACAUAUAAGGGAUUUCCUUUAUAUUUUCUGAACUUAACGUUUGCCUUGUCGAAUCCAAUAAGUCUCUUAUUAUACUUAUUAAUGUAUGGUUAGCAGUUAGCACCCACAUAGAGAUUCUUAUUAUGUGUCUUUGUAUUUGUUAAAUCAGAAUCUUAUGGUAGUAGUAUAGGAUAUCUUUUGUCAAAAUACCAAUUUGUAUUUCUUCAUCCUUCCUUUGCAUCUUAGUAUCUCAUCAAUAUCAAGAAAUAAACCCAAUUUCCGGCUUAAAUUAGUUUCUUUCCCAUGAAUCUCAUUUUUUAACAAUUUUUUUUUAUUUCUUUUAAACUAUUUUUUUAUUUUCAUUUACUUCUUCUUCAUUCUCCUUACAUCUCAUAGGAAUCGCCUCUGUUGUUCCAAAAUCUUCUUCUUCACAUACGGAAGAUCCUCUCCGAGCGAAAGUGAAGUGACAGUUGGUGUCAAUUGAGGCCAUACUUGUGGCACCUGUGUUAAAUUUCUGGACCUUCUAACCAUUUCCUUUUGUUCUCUAAUAUGUCAAUUGUUUUGUAGCUACAUCUGCUGGAUUUAAUUCUGAUGGUAUAUGUUUUAUAAUUAAUUCCUUGUUAGGUACUUUGAUUUCUUGAAUUCUUCUUGAUACAAACGGUCUUAAAAGUUUAGACGAUUUGUACCAUUCGAUAUCAAUUUGACUGUCAGUCCAAAAUACCCGUUUUGUUAUUUUUAUAGGAAGAUCCUUAAAAAUGAAUUUAACAAGACAUAGACAAUUUAUAGAUACAUAAUAGAUAUAUAAUUUUAGACAUAAUAGCGAUACAAAUUAUUAUGUCUUUCUUUUUGCAUUGUGCCCGCGAACGUAUUUUCAUUAAUAGUCUAUAUAGACUCCUUGGUGCAACGAUAGCAUCGCCUAUGAACAUCUCAGGGGCAUUUCUAAGAACUUUAUAUUUCGUGCGAUGUAGACUUCACUAUCUCGUUGUAAAAAAGCUGUCACACGAGAUUUUCAAUUCCCAUUCCAAUUUAAAUUGGUGCAGUGGAAGGAAUAAUUGGUGCUUUAAGGUUAAAGUAGUAUUUCAAAAUAAGGUUGAAUAUUCAAAAUCUUCUCUGUUUGUGUUGACCCAUCUAGAUGUAAAGUUCUUAUCAAUAUAAAUUAAUAAGCCCAAUCACAAGACAGCUACUGUAAACUUAACGGAACUCCCUUAGCUGACCUUCGUCUCCAUACCAGACCGCUAAUGACAGUCCCAAUACAUCUAGUUGUAAAGUUCUCAUCAAUACAAAUUAAUCAAGCCAAAUCACAAGUCAGCUGCUGUAAAUCGUUGACGAGUUCCAUUAUGUGUCCUUUGUCUCCAUCACCAGACCGCUAAUGACAGUCACAACACAUCUAGAUGUAAAGUUCUCAUCAAUGCUGUUUCGCGUGAUUCGUCAGUCGCGUGUACUGUGUACAUGCGGUUUACUGCUGCAUUAGCGGCGGUCAUUUUACUGUUGUAUUCGUCAACUUGUUAAACAGUGGGAUAAAUGCAAACCACGGCACCAUCCGCAAAAUCUCCUAUUAAUGGGAUCCUGCUCCUUUCACAUAACAUAAAUUAAAUUGUCAUAAGUUGAUUUCUGCCGAGCAUCACGUUGGUUGCAUGAAACACCAAUUCCCUUUCACAGGUGGUAGCUGCAUUAUGUCACCAUAAAGUUCAAUUGCAGUCUUAGGUGUAUCAUACGAAGGUUUUCAUAAGAGACCAUAGAGAUUUCGUCGAUGAUUAGCCAAUGAAUGUCACGCCACUUCUCUCUUCUCUCUUGUUCCAAUUUAUGUCCAGUCAUGCGUGUGUAAAAGAGCCGUGACAGCCCAGUGGAUAUGACCUCUGCCUCCGAUUUCGGAGGGUGUGGGUUCGAAUCCAGUCCGGGGUAUGCACCUCCAACUUUUCAGUUGUGUGCAUUGUAAGAAAUUAAAUAUCACGUGUCUCAAUCGGUGAAGGAAAACAUCGUGAGGAAACCUGCAUUUCAGAGAAUUUCUUAAUUCUCUGCGUGUGUGAAGUCUGCCAAUCCGCAUUGGGCCAGCGUGGUGGACUAUUGGCCUAACCCCUCUCAUUCAGAGGAGACUCGAGCUCAGCAGUGAGCCGUAUAUGGGUUGAUAACGACGACGAUGCGUGUGUAUGGCUGUAUGCUUUCAAUUGGCAAAUAAAAAAUGGCGUGGAGGGUUUUACCAAAAAUUUGACGAGCGGCAACUCCAGUCAAUGAUGCUACUUCCACAAAAAUUGGUUUUAGUAAUGAGUCUACAGUUGGAACAUAACAACGCUCGAGUAAUUUCAGAUUAUUGUAUUCGUCAACCUGUUUGACGGUCGGGAAUAUUCGGAUCACAACACCAUGCUUAAAUUCUUCAUCUAAAGCCACUCUUCUCCUCUGACAGAGCAGUUCCAUCUGACUUGUGGUCAAAUUGUCUGCGCGUAAAUUGUUCAACAGGUCAACUGUAUCAUUUCGUUGUGUCAUGUUAAUCGUUAAUUCGGGUUCCCAAACUUAUAAGUAUCACCUCCUUACUGCUUAAAAUUACCAUGCCUGCACCUCUCCUCGGCCCAGGGCCCAGCAAGUAGUAGCAAAUGGGCUCGCCAAACAAUUGUAAAAUAAAAUAAUAAGGGUAAUAAAGUAAAAAAAAAAAAAAUAUGUUUAUUAUAAAAAUAUUGCUUUUACAUACUUAAAAGAAUCAAUGAAGGACGGAUGAGUUUGUAUGUUUUUAACAAGAUUUCCAAUUCUGGAUUCAAUAGAAGAAAGUGCACAACGUAGAUCACUAGCAAUAUCUAGUGUGCUUCUAUACUUUGUAUUUAUUGCUACACCUGCUGAAAACGCUUUUUCGCACAAGUAAGUGCUUGAAAAAUGUAAAAACAAUUUUAGUGCUUGCUCUGCUGUGCUGGGAUAAACUUUGAGAUAUUUAACCCAAAAUUGUGCCUUAUCCAUCUUCUCAAAAUCGUAUUUUCAGAAUCAUUUUUGAUUUCCAAACCUUCCUCUUGUAAUGCAUCUGGCAGCAUUUCUAUGUCAACAUGAAACAGAUCGGUCGCUAUUCGAUAAAUAAUAUUAUCGAACGAAUCGGGAAAGUAGCGCUUGAAUUCGUCCGUGAGCUGCUGCAAAUGGUUUGAUAUUUUAUUCUUGGUAUCAAUUUCUCAUACCAACAUCUCCUUAUAGCACGCUUCUACUAUGAUCGCAAAUAGUUUAGGAAAGCAGGAAUAGUUGGACGUGAAUGGCGGAGAAGCGUUAUGCCCAGCUGCAUAACCUGAAAAUAUUUGUACAUUUAUUUCUAGAAGUAUAUGCAUAUACAUAAUAUUAUAUAAAUAAAAAAUAUACCUUUGAUCUGCGCCUGUUGUUUGUGUAAGUUCAAUAGUCUAACCAACUCCUUUUUUUAACAUUUCACUGUCAGUUUCUUGCAUUUGCAUUCCAUUGCGUUGUAACCACUCUAUAAUUUCAGCUUUUUUGUUAUUGCUGCUGGGGGGUUUGUUAAUUUGAACUGAGUGUUAUGAAGCAUUGUCCAUUUAAAUAUAGUGAGGAGGCUCAUUAAAAUUUUCUAAUUUUCUAAUAGUUUUAUAAACUAUGUCUUAAACUUUUCACAAUUCAUUUCCUCGUGGUACUCACUGACUUAAAAGCCCACAGGCAAUUCGACGCAAUACCUGUAGCUGUGCCAGCGUGGCAAAUGAUUAAGCGCUGGCCCUUCAGGUGUUUUGUGCUGGAUUUGGCUGUGUCAUCCGUCCAAGCCUUACCUACAGUAUGAUUAGCGUUCUGCCACGUCUCAUCAAGGUAUACUACCUUCACCCAAUUAUCAAUUUGUUUGAUUUUGCGAAGAUAAACGCAUCGUAGUAAAGCUAUGUCAGUACGCUCCAUUAAUAUUUUUCUCUUGUCACAUUUUUUAUAGCAGAAUCCUUAUUUUUUCAAAACAAUUCUAAGGGAAGCCUUUGAAGAGUUUUGCAGCUUUUAAUGAAGAUAAUAACUUCUGGCAGGUCGGUAGUUCACCUCGUAGGUAGUAACCAUAAAUAUGAUUGCGUUUAGAAGCCUUAGUUUAGUUUUUGACGGCCUCCGUGGCGCAGUGGUAUGCGCGGUGGAUUUACAAAACGGAGGUCCUGGGUUCGAUCCCCGGCUGGGCAGAUUGAGAUUUUCUUAAUUUGUCCAGGUCUGGCUGGUGGGAGGCUUCGGCCGUGGCUAGUUACCACCCUACCGGCAAAAGACGUACCGCCAAGCGAUUUAGCGUUCCGGUACGAUGCCGUGUAGAAACCGAAAGGGGUGUGGAUUUUCAUCCUCCUCCUAACAUCACUUACCAUUAGGUGAGAUUGUAGUCAAGGGCUAACUUGUAAAAGAAUAAAAAAAAAAAAGCUAUAUCUAAAUCAAAAUCAUCAGUUUCUGUUAUAUGACAUAACCUUUUCUUUUUCUUCUUCGGUGUUAAUAGCUUAUUGUCCUCCAUGGACGACUCCCCAAACUUUUCCUUUGUUAUUCGAGAAACAGUAACCUUUCCGAUUCCUAGAGCAUCGGCUACACGAUCGCGAACAUUGUCAAGCUGUAACAAGGGUCCGCCAUUUUGUUGUUCACGAACAAAAUAGUCUCGCAAACGAACUACAAACUCGAACUUCACUGUUGAGAACAGUUUUCCGCUGUCUUCUCGGCAUUUUGCAAAACAAACAGGUAACAGAAAAUCAACAAAUAACACAAAAUAACAGCGAAAACAGAAACAAAACUCAGCUAACAAAGAACGACGUGGCGCAUACAAGGCGUUAGAGCACUCGUAUGACGAUGCGAUGCGGUGUGACUAGAAGACAAAACAGACUGACAAGACAUGACAUGACUGAAUUAAAAAAAUACAGUAGAUCUGUGGCCUCGUUUUAAAUAUUUUUACCAUUUAAUUUUGUUUUCGAAUUUCGACACCAUCUGAUCUGAACAAUCGAUUCCUGUUGUCAAUAUCUACUUCAGCAGGCUUUAACCGGGACUCUCCAAAUCUAUUUCUAACUUCUAUGAUGGACGGAUGUAUCUUGGUGGUAAACAUCAGGCCUAUCUUUACAUUUUUGGAAACGUAUAUUUUGUUUCUGCGAGCCCAUACAUGAUCGCCUUUUUUAAGUUUUUUGGUGGUUGCAUAUAGCGAUCUAUGUGAUAUGAUCUUUGCGAUUUGUACGCAACUUUCCAGUGCUAUGAAAAUAUGAUUAAUACAUAGAGGAAAAACAUUUUUUCCUAUAAAAUUAGACAUAGUUUUAACAAUAAUUUGUUUAAAUUGUACCUCAUUUAUGGUGAUUUCGGACUAUGUUUUCGGUUAUAAGACAAAUUUCAUACAAUGCUUUAGAAGCGUAUAUUAGACCUCUCUUGUCACGAAGGCCAACUAAUUUAUGUAUAUCAAGUUUAUUAUAUCAUUUGACAUCAUGUUGUCAAUGCAUAUAGCAUAUUUAAUUUUUCUUUGUACAAUUUUCACUACACAACCAGAUGCAAUAACCGAUCAUUAUAUUGAUAUAUUAUGACGGUUCUGUAUCGUUUAACAAGGCUGUUAAACACGUGGCUCCAAUUUCUGCCACUGCACUAAACCCCGCAUCUUCAUCAAAGUUCCACGAUAACGCGGUAGAAUUGAUAGAUUUCAAUGCAGAUGUGCAUGUUAAAAUAUCGAUAUUUUCCAUGGGAAUAUGGUUUCCCGCUUCACUAACUUUUAUUUCCAAAUGGCAUAAAAGUUUUCUGUAAAUCCCUUUCAGUUUACAAGCCCUUUCAGUUAGGUUACAUUUGUAUCCACCAUGCAUUCGGAUUGAACCGAAAAAUAUUUCUAAGUGGUCUCGGCUCACGCGAUAGGUACUACUAAAGUUUUAUAUAUGUGUUGAGUACUCUCUUUUCUCCUGGAUUUUUAAUUUGUCUAAAUUAAAAAUCCUGAUGGGCUGAAUAUGGUCUUAAUAUAAAUGGCCGCCGCCUAAAUCAUUUGAGAUUUGCAGACGAUCUCAUCUUGCUGGAAGAGGACCCAUAUAAAAUACAAAUAAUGGUACAGUCUUUAGCCAGUAAAAGUAAAGAAGUAGGCCUUUUAAUGAAUACUGCAAAAACAAAACUAAUGACUAACUCAAAAGAGGUUGAUAUAGUUCUGGAUGGAAAUAAGCUCGAGUAUGUACAAGAGUAUGUGUAUUUGGGUCAGACAAUUGCUCCUAUAGACCAAAUGUCAAAAGAAGUAAACAAGAGAAUCGCUAGUGGGUGGAGAAAAUACUGGUCACUAAAGGAAAUAAUGAAAAGCAAAGAAAUAAAUAUGUCCAUUAAGAGGAGAACCUUCAAUACGUCUAUACUCCCAUGUAUAACAUACGGAAGCGAAACUUGGUCCCUGACACAAAAACAUAGAGAAAAGAUAGCUAAGUGUCAGAGGGCAAUGGAAAGAAGUAUGUUGGGUAUAAGACUAACGGACAGGAUCACCUCAAGUGAGAUAAAACAUAGGAAAAAGGAUUACAAGAAAAUACUCCAAAUCUACCUCUUUACUUGGUGCGUUAUUGACAUUUGUGUAGUACACAAACUGUCCUCAUGAGGGCGUUUGUGUCGUUAUGGUUUUGGCGCGCAUCUGGACGGCACUGGGAGAAACAACGUUUCACUGUUCAGUUGCGCGCGACCCCCCGCAUGAGUAGUUGUCUUCUAGAGCUACAACGUUACUAAGAAUGAACCAACGCAGCAAACACCUAAAAAUUGAACAACAAAGGACGGAAAUCUUUUGAGUCUUUAGAGAGAUGUUGGAGAGUUUAGAGAGGCAACGGGGUUUUUUUAAACACCUGUACAAGACCAAUAAAAUGUGCUUACCGCCGCAUAAAAACUGACAAAAGCCACGGCAGAAAAGCAAACUGCAUUUUACUUGCUAAAUGAGAAUAAAGUAAUCCGCGUCUGUAAAACUUUUCUCAUUAACACUUUGGGUAUCACACAACGGAUUAUACGGACUGUUAUCGACCGCAAAGCAGAAUGAUGGUUUCAUUCCACCUGAUCAGUGAGGAAAACACGGAAAACAAUGUACUUUAGGACCUGAGGUUACACAAGCAGUAAAGGAGCAAAUCGAAUCAAUUCCAAGGAUUGAGUGUCACUAUCUCCGGACUAGUACUAGCAGACAAUUUAUUGAUGGGGGUUUGACAGUGGCAGAAUUACAUAAAAAUUAUUCAGAAAGUCAGAAAGAACAGAACAAGCCUAUUGUGAACUACGCCGCUUACACUUACUACGAACUACGACACAAACAAAGGAAACUUACGCAGGCGCUAGGCAACACCCCAGUGUCGCACUCACCAUUGUUCCUAUACUACAGCCUUUCUUGAUGAGUACUGUUUACCAACCAAGAAAUUAGAAAUGAAGGUAGAAACCGCAUGUCAUUUUAUAACUUAUUUAUUUUAAACUAUGUAUGGUUUGUUUAUAAAAUGUUAUAUAUAAUAUAUUAACUAUAUCUAAUUGUUCUAAGCUUAUUGAUCAUGUUUAUUUUCAUUUAUUAAGUAAUAAGACCAAGUUAAUUAUAAUAAUUAUUAGGUGUUAUAAUAAUUAUUAAGUGUAAUUUGACGGCCUCCGUGGCGCUGUGGUAUGCGCGGUGGAUUUACAAAACGGAGGUCCUGGGUUCGAUCCCCGGCUGGGCAGAUUGAGAUUUUCUUAAUUUGUCCAGGUCUGGCUGGUGGGAGGCUUCGGCCGUGGCUAGUUACCACCCUACCGGCAAAGACGUACCGCCAAGCGAUUUAGCGUUCAAAUCAAAAUCUUAGACUGCAUCAUCACUUACCAUCAGGUGAGAUUGUAGUCAAGGGCUAACUUGUAAAGAAAAAAAAAAAGGUGUGAAAAGACUAGUGGUUUAUGCCCUCGUUUUUAAUUUGUUUGUUGGUAAACAGUAUUCAUCAAGAAAGGCUGUAGUAUAGAUCGGACUUAUUACAGAGGCGAUGACUUUUCAGGAGCACAACAAAGCUGUACUAUUUUUAUGCCAUUUAUUUAAUCAAGCAAUAAAAGCUGCAAAUGAAAGACUCCACGCACUACCCAGCAUUACUGUAGGAUACAUUUGGAAGAGAUUCACAAAAAAAAAUUGUACAUUUUGCUUUCAUACAUAUUUUGAGAAAGAAA